AUGGCUCUUCGUUCCACCUUCAAUCUCUUCCAGAAAAAUACUCCUUCCCUGGCCGCCGCUAAUAGAUUGGUUUCAUGGUGGUCCAAUGUAGAAAUGGGUCCUCCUGAUGUCAUCUUGGGAGUGACAGAAGCCUAUAAGAGAGAUACCAGUGCUAAAAAAAUGAAUCUUGGUGUUGGUGCUUACAGAGAUGAUAAUGGUAAACCUUAUGUACUUCCGUCUGUCCGCAAGGCUGAAGAGUUGUUAUUGUCAGAAAAACUGGACAAAGAAUAUUCUCCCAUUGGUGGUGACAGUGGCUAUUGUGCAGCUGUUGCCAAAUUGGCUUUUGGUGAGGAUUGUGCAGCACUUAAGGAUAACUUGAAUGUGACAGUUCAAGGAAUUUCUGGAACUGGUGCUCUGAGAAUUGGAGCCGCUUUCUUUUCCAAAUGGUAUUCUCCCUCCAAGACUGUUUAUCUUCCAACACCUUCCUGGGGUAAUCACACACCAAUCCUCAAACAUUCUGGUCUUGAUGUGAAAUCUUAUGCCUAUUAUGAUCCCAAAACCUGUGGACUGGAUUUUCAAAGUACUUUGUCUGACAUUUCUAAAAUUCCUGAAGGAUCUAUUGUUCUAUUGCAUGCAUGUGCACAUAACCCUACAGGAGUUGACCCCAGGCCAGGCCAGUGGGAUGAACUUAGUAACAUCUUCAAAUCUCGCAAGCUGUUUCCUUUCUUUGACAUGGCUUACCAAGGCUUUGCUAGUGGUGAUACUGUCAAUGAUGCUUAUGCUGUUCGAAAAUUUGUUGCUGAUGGCCACAAAGUGGCUCUUGCUCAAUCCUUUGCCAAGAACAUGGGACUUUAUGGUGAGAGAGCAGGUGCCUUCACUGUGUUGUGUGCAGAUGCUGAUGAAGCAGCUCGUGUUAUGUCACAGAUUAAGAUCCUCAUCAGACCUAUGUAUUCUAAUCCCCCUAUCCAUGGUGCCAGGAUUGUCAAGAAAAUCCUGACUACUCCAGACCUCAACAAACAAUGGUUGGGUGAAGUAAAAGGAAUGGCUGACCGUAUUAUUAGCAUGAGGGAGAAACUGGUGGCUGGCCUAAAGCGUGAGGGCUCCUCCCACAACUGGCAGCAUGUCACUGACCAAAUUGGAAUGUUCUGCUUUACUGGACUCAAACCAGAUCAGGUGGAACGUAUGACUAAAGAAUUCUCUAUCUACUUGACAAAGGAUGGACGUAUAUCUGUUGCUGGAAUUUCAUCUGGAAAUGUUGACUAUCUUGCCCAUGCUAUUCAUACAGUAACAAAAUAA